UCGAUGGGUGACAUAAUUUGACAGAACACGUGUUGGACUAUACCGGGGUAGUUUCGGUUCUCUGGUCUAAAGUCACUGUUAGACGUGACUCGGAGCUUAAAUAACAUGAAAUAAAGAGCUCUGAUCGAUUACUCAGGGCUCCUCUGAGAGUUUUUUUUAUCCACAGCUCGUCUGAAGAUUAAAUAAAACAGGUUUGUUUCCAGCGAACAGCAGAGAUUUCUGCAGAGAUAUGAAGCUGCUGAGCUCAGAGGAGCUGAGGGAGGUGGAGAAAACGCUGAGAGGAUACCUACCCAAAUCCCAACAGGUUUAUGGAUUUGUGUUUUUAAUAAAUCGAGUAGAAGCUGAUCGUAUAGACGUGUUCGUGGACAGGUGGCCAGAGUUUCGUGUGCUGCUGGUCAGACCUGUGAAACAGGAGGAAAAUGACUUUUAUAAAGGCAUUAGCAUUUUCACCACAGAUGAAGCUUCUCUGAAGAACGAACUGCUUCAGACAGACAUUCUCGACUGGACGCAGUACAACUGCCUAAGUUUUGACAUCGGACAUGCAGAGACAGUAAAAGCUGUAGCAGCACAGAAAGGCGUGCCAGAGACCCAGCUCUCAAUGUGCCACAUGAUGAUUCUGCACAAUCCGUCCAAACUACAGACUAACAGGCUCUCAGUACAGCUGUCCUCCCUGCAGGAGGCUCAUGUGGAUCUGGUCAACAGAACCUGGAAGUUUAACAGUGGGAAAUACAGCGAGCGGCUGAUCCGGAACAUGGUCCGGAGUUACCCGUCGUGCUGUGUGCUGGGUUCAGACGGUCAGCCUGUGGCGUGGAUACUGACCUACUCCUACUGCGCCAUGGGCAUGCUGUACACCCUGCCCGAGCACAGGGGGAGGGGCUAUGCCCGAGCCCUGAUCAGCGCAAUGGCCCAGAAGCUCCUCUCUGAGGGUUACCCGGUGUACUGCUACAUCGAGGAGGAGAACACGCUGUCCUACCGCCUCUUCCAGAGUUUGGGUUUCAGCGAGGACCCGUCCUACAGGGUCACCUGGUACAGCUUCAACGAGGCGUUACUCAGCCUGAGAUGACCCCUUCAUUUUAAUGCUAAUCUGAUAAAAACGAUAAAAUGUGUCUUACAAACCAGACACUGAUUGAUUGAGUGUAAUGUGGCCAUAAAAAAUAAUAUCAUGAUACUUCAGAGUAUUUUUUACAAUAACGAUACUUUUGGCAAUACGACAAAACACUGAAUUAAAGAAAAUAUUUCAAAAAUACACUACUGCAACAAAAUAAAAAUACAAUUUUAUUAUUGCAUACGAUAUGAUAUGCUAUGGCACAACCCUAACUGAGAUAUUUAAAAAAUACAAUAAAGAAUUAAAUUAAAUGUAAUAAAUGCAUUUACAUCUACCUCUACCUGGAUUAGCAUUAGAUAAAUAUAAUAGUGCUUUAUAAAAUGAUUAAAGGUGCAUAAAAUGAAGGAAAUAAUACAUUAUAACACUGACAAAAUGUUAAAAGUCAUGGGACAGGAGCUAGUAUUGUGCCCCAUAGAAGCCAAUGACCUGUGGGUUAUGAUUUAUAUUGAUUUCAGGAAUAUUAAAUAACUUGAAAACUUAAGAGACUGAAUGACCCAUCCAUCUGCACCCACCAUCAGACCUCACUCCAACUCCCAUAAUUCACCUGGCCUUACCAUUAUCACACUAGCUAGUGCUGCCACUAUGAUCGGGAUAUCGCUGGUUCGAAUCCCGGCCAUGCAGCUUGCCAUCAGCUGCCGGAGCCCUGAGAGAGCACAAUUGACAAUUGGCCUGCUUUCUGGGUGGGUACAGUAAAUAGCGCUCUUUCCCCUCAUCACUCCUAGGGUAAUGUGGAUCAGCACAAGGCUGCGUCUGUGAGCUGAUGUAUCAGAACCGAGUCGCUGCGCUUUCCUCCGAGCGUUAGCGCUGUGAUGCUACUCGGCAAAAAGGUUCAAAAAGAGGCGGAGUCUGACUUGCAACAUAUACAGGUGUGGGCAUUUUCAAGCCGUCCUUUGUGGUCACUUUACAAACUGCAUAAAAUGUAACAAUGUAACAAAAUGUAACAAAACCAGAAUUUUGUAAAACUUGGAAUUGUACUAUCAGUUAUUAAAUGAUUAAAUUGAUUUAUUUAAUAUUUUA